UGUGGAGACCACCAGUUUCUGAGAAUCAUCAUCCACUUUUUGCUGUGUGUCACUCACAACAAACCUUGAUCUUCAUGGUCCUACUACUCUUAAUUCUCUCUCCACAAUCACACACAAUGAUCAACCUUAACCUUCUUACUUUCUAGAUAGAUAACACUACUUCUCUCUCAAAUUCUCAUCCCAUGAUGUUUAAUUUCCUCUUACUGUUUCAGAUCUCUCACACAUGUAGAUUCUCAAUUUUGCAUAGAUAAGCCCUUCUCUCUCUUUCUCUCUCCUCCAUGGCGUGAAUUUGGGGUGUGUUUGGUAGUGUAAAUAGCAAGAUUUGUUUGUUAGUUAUAGAGUCUUUUGAGGGUUAAGGAAUAGUCUCUUUCUAUUUCACAAGUACUUUUCAAAAGGGUAUUGCAAAGUUUCCAUCUUUUUUUUUAAAUUCCUUCUGAAUUGACCAUUGAUCCAUAUAGAGAUAAACUCCUUUUAAAAAUGGAGGUAGAUGGGAAUUUGAACUGGAACGUGUAUUCUAAGCAAAGACUCAUAACAAACUUGUAUCUUCUUUUCAAGUUACUUCUCCUUAAACAAUUGUAGAUGGACAGAAGGAGUUGGCUAUGGCGAAAGAAAAGUCCCGGCGAAACAGAGAGCUCUGGAUCACAAUCGCCUCAUUCGGAACGAUUCUCUGAUGAUCAGGUAUAUGGCACACAAAUGAAUCAAUCAGCAGAAGUCAUGUCUAAGGUUGAGCCAAAUGAAGAAGAAAUAUCUGAUGUGAAGAUUCUAACAGAAAGAUUAUCUUCUGCUCUCUUAGAGAUUAGUACAAAAGAAGAAUUGGUACAGCAACAUGCCAAAGUUGCUGAAGAAGCUGUCUCAGGGUGGGAGAAAGCAGAAAAUCAAUUGUCAAGUUUGAAGAAACAACUUGAUGAUGCAAAGCAGAAUAACUCGGUUCUUGAAGACCGAGUUAGUCACCUUGAUGGAGCACUCAAGGAGUGUAUGAGGCAGCUUAGACAAGCUAGAGAAGAUCAAGAGAAGAAGAAGAUCAAUGAAGUUGCUCCGUACGGAGGGGAAUCCGAGAAGUCUGAGAUUGAGACUCAACUUCAGCAGAGGCUUGAGGAUGUGGAGGAAGAAAAUUCAACUCUUAAAGCCGAGCUUCAUUCUCGGCUCGAAGAACUAGAACUCAGAUUAACUGAGAGGGAUUUGAGUACACAAGCUGCUGAAGCAGCAAGCAAACAACAUUUGGAGAGUAUAAAGAAGGUUGCUAAGCUUGAAGCUGAGUGCCGAAGACUUAAGGCCAUAGCUCGAAAAAACUUAUCUGCCAAUGAUCAAAGGUCUAUGACUGCUUCUUCAAUCUAUGUAGAGUCUUUAACAGAUAGCACUUCAGAUAGUGGAGAGAGACUAAUGGCAGUUGAAACUGAUAUGCGCAAAUUAGGCGCUUGGGAAACAAACGAACAUGAGCCGAGCCAUUCUGAUUCGUGGGCUAUAAUUGCAGAAGUUGAGCAGUUAAAAAACUCUGCUGGAAAGAAUCUUAUGGUACCUUCAACUGAGAUCAAUUUGAUGGAUGAUUUCCUUGAAAUGGAAAGGCUAGCUGCAAUGCCAGAUACAGAAAGUGGAAGUGGUUUUAUUGUUGUAGGACAUUCGUCGAACCGGCCCAAUGUUGAGCAUAGUUCAAUGAAAUUUGGAGUGGAAGCAUUGGUUCAAAAGAAUGCUGAAUUGGAAAAGAAGCUAGAGAUAGUGGAAUCACAUAAGCUUGAGUUAGAGACAAGUUUAAUUGAGUGCCAGAAGCAGCUCGUGGUGUCAGAGAAUCGAAUAAAGGAAGCAGAGUUUAAGGUAGAAGAGCUUGAAACUCAGUUAGACCUUGUGAAAAAAUCACAUGAAGAAGCAUGUGAAGAACUAAAAGCAAGCCAAGAGAAGAAUGAGAUGGCUGAGUCAAAACUGAAGGUUGCUGAAACUGAGGUGCAAGAAUUGAUUUCAAAAAUAAAUUCAUUGGAUGAAGAGAUUGAAAAGGAGAGAGCUUUAUCUGCUGAGAAUUUGGCCAAGCAUGAAAAAUUGGUGGAAGAGAUUGAAAAAGAGAGAGCUUUGUCUGCUGAGAAUUUGUCCAAGUAUGAGAAACUGGAGGAUGAGAUUGAAAAAGAAAGAGCUUUGUCUGCUGAGAAUUUGGCCAAGUAUGAGAAAUUGGAGGAAGAGAUUGUAAAAGAGAGAGCUUUGUCUGCUGAGAAUUUGUCCAAGUAUGAGAAACUAGAGGAAGAGAUUGAAAAGGAGAGAGCAAUGUCUGAAAAAGAGAGAGCUUUGUCUAUGGAGAAUUUGGCUAAGUGUGAGAAGUUGGAGAAAGAGAUAUUGAUUAUGAAGUAUGAAGGUGGACUCAAUCGAGACGCCGAGAUACCGCACGGCGAAGGUUUUAGCAGUGAGAUACAGUUAAGACAGGAGAAGGAGCUUGCAUUGGCAGCUAGUAGAUUUUCUGAGUGCAGGAAAACAAUUGAAUCACUUGGACAACAAUUAAAGUCCCUUGCAACAUUAGAAGAUUUUCUUGUUGAUUCAGAUAAGCCUAUGGACUUGGCUUGUGAAGCUGUCACACCAAAUAAUGGUGUUGAGAAGUUGAAAUUACAUAAUAAUAAUAACAACAACAAAAUCAGUGAUUUGAGUUUGCCCAAAAGAGAUUCUGAACAAUCAGUUUCAGUAAUUAGUAGUCAAUCUGUUCAUAAUGUGAAAAAUCUCAGUAGUUUUGGUAGGUUCCACCCAAGAAGUAAGAGUGUCAGCAAAAGAGGAACUCAUUAACUAAGAAUGGUGGAGAAAAAAGAAAAACAUAAGGUUGAGUUGUAAUUUGUAAAUGAUGUUUAAUAAUUAUUCAAUAUGUAUGUAUAAACAAUAUAUGUAUACACAAUAUAUAUACACCAAAUUUAUAUAUUUUUACAUAUAAGAAAAAAGCAUUUCUUGUAUAGUAGAAGUGUAAUUAUUCAAAUUAUAUAUUAUACAUGAAUUCCAUAUUUGAGCUUUUUUUUUU